AGCCCCUUAAAACCCUGACAGCCGACCCCGUUCUGGUCUUUGGUCGAUUUUUAUUAACAGCGAAGGGGCUCAUACAUAACUAAGAUUUUGCUUUAAUGGGUCCAAGUUCAGAUGAGCCGACACUAGUAACCCCAUAGUCGCUAUUACAGUCGGCCCUACUCGUUUGCACGUCGUUCGAAAUGGAAUGCGACCUUUUUCAAUUCACGGCAUCAAGAUAGAACAAGUAAUAUCUUAGUUUUUCGCUGGGCACGGACUGGCUCAGUCACUUGAAUAUCCUUCCAUUGAUUUAUGUGACAGUGAAGACUUCCAUUAUAAUCGUUUUGGGGUAGCUUUGGCUCUGACUGCAUGAGGAUUCUAUCCUUUUUUGUGUUGUCCAUCUGAAGUAAGUUGUUGAAGAAUUCUCAGUCAUUCGUUGUAUCGUUUUCGAGUCUUACUUGUAGUGCCUUCUAUUAAGAUACUAUCGAGCAUUAAGAAGUUUAGGACUGAAAGUAUCUUGACCUUCUAUUAUAUGUAGAAAUCAGUACCGAUAAACCAAAUAAAAUGUCUUCUUUAUCCAGCAGAACAAUUCUGGCCAGAAAGAUGCUGGCGAGAAAAGCACGGCUUCUAUUCAACUUGGCAGUCGGGGCAAGCGUGGGCGUGCCAGGCCUCAAGAGUCCUGAUGGCAACCGAGACCGUACGAUGAAUAGGGAGGUGGACGACAACGGCAUGGACGUCGAAAAAGCAAUCAGUUUUGAAGCCGGUACUUUCAAACCUGACCUUGUAAAUUAAGGGCUGCCAAUUGACCUCUUUAUAAUUAUUUCGACCAGAUAUUUUUUUAUUCGCCACUCGUCGUUUUAUCACUUUUCGUCUUCAAGUAGAUGAACAAGAGGACGACAAGUCUAAGAAUAAAUGAUUGAAAGUUAGUGAUAGCCGAAAGAGAUAUUCACCAUACAUAUGCAACAUUAUAUGCAACAUUAAUCAUGUAAUACAUUAUGAGUGUACGGCCGGGUAACCUUGGGGGCCGGACUGAGAGAUUAGCUCUUGGUCUUAGGUCUUGCUCGGCAAAGCCACCCUCGUUUUCUCCUUAACACUUGGUAGUAGGGACCGUUGGGAAGUUUGACUUUUAGUUCAACAAGGAUGAUCGACAUUAGUUCGACGUUGAUUCGUGUUCUACACAGUCUGCAUUGAAUUGUCGUUCUACCCGAGUUGAGUUUUAGGUUGUGUGACUUCUUGAUAGUCUUACUGUUACCUCGUAUGGUGCAGCCGCUGUGUAGCCUUGUCCGCCUGCACUGUAUCCGAAACCUAACCGAUAAAGAGGCAGUGGCGUCGUGCCAAGAAUUAGAAGACUCUAAGACAUUAUCGAUGCUCUGGCAAAGGGCAUGCAAGGUCUGACAUUUGACCAAAAGGAUAUAACGAACCUGGCCACCAAAGAGGGGCUGACGAAGUGUGCGAGGGAUUGCGGUGGGCGAGGCGCUCCUUUUUCAGAUGAUAACUCAUCUUACGACAUAGGGAAAAGGCUCAUGGCGAACGAGCAGAUGGGCAAAAGAGUUCAGUCCGUAAUUGAGGUCUUUGGUGCAACCCAAUAUCGAGAUUUUUGGACACGGGUUCGUCUGGAUACUUCGCAGCGCUGGGAAAAGUCCCAGGAGACGAUGUUGGGAACAGUCUUGCCAUGGUCGAUCUACAGGCCUUUAGAAAUCAUAAAAACCCAAGCCGAAGCCUGCGAGAGCGCAGCUGUUCGAGAAAAAAGAUGGCAAACGUGUCUCGCAGCCAUCUGGCCGUUAGAUGACGAAAGUUAGGGCCACUACUUCAAACUACAUAUUGAUAUUUCAUGAUCUGCUUCCCCCAAAUACAUCAAUCAUACAAAUACUUUGUCUUUUUGGUUUUUUUAGUUGCGAAGGCUCCACCAAUAUCAAUAAUACUAAGAAAAAUGAAGACUACAUCUACAGCUGAAGUGCAAAUACAAGCAUACAAGACAGACAACAAGAUGAACUUGAGCAAUAAUUAUAACGACCAUCUCUUCUAAGAAACGUGGGCCCAUGCAAAAGGAACAUUCUACUCUUUGGAUAGUGAGAGACAUUUCUUCCUUCUCGCCCUGUGCAUGCGGUCCGAUGAAGCUGCGACCAUGUGGGCAGAUUUUCUUUUGCGUGAUAGACAAACGGACCAGCCAGUCCCCCCACAGGAAUUCUGGCGACGGCUCAACAGCAUCGACGUGAUGCUGGGGAGGAAAUAUGAAAGUCCAGACGUUCACAAGCAGGCAAUUAUCGAAGAGGCUAUUGCCACCAUAAAGAAAUAUGGAUACCUAUCCGCAGACGCAGCUGAGGGCGUGUUUCUGUUCGAGCCUGUAGAAAUAGCCUUGAUUACCUACGAGACCGAGAUCUCGUCCUCGGAUGAGAAUGAGAGGAAGGGGGAGAGCACCACCAAGCCUCAUUCUGCUCAAGAAUGCCGGAGAAUCGUGACCAAAACGUUACCACUUGAUCCGAGUGUUAAGACGUCGUCCCCUGAGAAAACAAGAUCGAUCUACCUCCAUCGCUUAGGAAGAAGCAUGGGCAUGUUUUUCUCGCAUGUUUUUCAAGAGAAAAACACGCUAAGGACUAGAGCAGAUGAGAUGUUUCAAGAUGGGAUGACUUACGGCGCUUACCUAGUUCUAAUAGUAACUGCGCGAGUGAAUUUUUGGAACAAACACUACGCGAGCUUGUCUUCAAGUUUUUGUUGCGGGAACGUUUAUACUCCGAGAAGCCUGUUGACGAGGACUCCCGCCGCCUUUCAGUCUACGAUAAAGUGCAUUUGAACCGCAUGCGAAUCGGCAUAAAAAAGCGCCCCACGACGACUCCUCCUUCACGAACAUCUGCGGCAGAGGAGAUAGGGGUCCGUAGGCAACAAGCUGCUGCACAAAGCAAUGACGCAGAUGAUGACAAGGGGCGAUGGCAGGCGUUUCGCGACCUUCGCAAUUGCCAGCUUGCUGACGUUUUAGCAGAGGAGUUAGCAUGUUCUCAGGGUGAAGCCGUUCGAAAACUCGUCCCGCAUUCCGGUUUGAACCGCGAAGCACGUGUGAUGCAUGUAAUUCGACAGCUUUCUUCGUCUGCUCGGGUGCCAAGCACACAUACCCUUGUCCUCGACGUUUGCUUUGGAGAUGAAUUGUCAAAAGCUACUAAGAAUAAAGGUGCAGGAGCUGCUGACAAUAAAACAAACUUGCCCCCUUCAAGCGGGACAGGAGGAGGAGGAGGCAGUAAAAGACCGGGAGACCGCUCCUCAGACAAGGAUGCGGACGGUUCGCCAGGGGAUAGCAGUAUGCGAACAGGUAUUUCCACGACUUAUAAUUUCAAUUACAAUUAGAAUGAUAAUUUGUUUUUUUUUUCGACGCAACGAUCAUAAGAUUCAGUUGUAACUGAGUCCAAAAAGUAGGGCCCGCCUUCUCAUAUCAUCAAUCUGCGAUGGCUUUCAGUAUCACUAGCAGUAGCUGCAUUCAUUGUUUUCGGCCAACCGUGAGUCUUCGUCUCGAGUCAUCUUCCUUCUAGGAUUUUGUAUCUGUUCUGUAGAUAGGGUUGCUAUCCCUCUUUUCCACAAGUACCUGGGGUAUUCGAGAAGUGCAAUUUUUCAUCGCAUCUUCAAAUAGAGACAGAGUACGUAGUUGCAAAUGUAACUACUGCGUUGAACGACAUGUUGAUGUCUGUGUGGCAUUCAGCAUCUCUUUCAGUGCGUCUUGCUUUAUUGGAACUUGCUGAGGAGGUAUCAGCAUUAAACUUCUACAAUGCUGUUUUAUCACGCUCUGCUAUCGUCCGUGAACAACCAAAGUAGGUCAACGAACAAUGGACGGACCACAGCACGGCAAUGGGGGUAGCUUAGGCGCAGGGGCAUCUUCCUCGUCAGGUGCUAGCACUUAUACUCGAGAAGCGGGAAGCGGUAGCACUUAUCGAGUAGGUGGCCCCCGGUUUUCGAACCCUUUUCCAACUAUUGCCCUCCACAUUGAAGAUAUCGGAGACGGUGCCGACGAGAAUUCUGGAAAAGGCGACGAUUCUGAUGACGGAAAAAUACCAGAGCCCUCUGCUUAUGAGAAAAAUCCUCUGCAACCUCAAAAGCUUCUUAGUUGAAGAAGAACAGCAAGAUCAAGAACAAGAUGCUCCACGACUGGUGUGCGUUUUCCUUUACUCAUACUAAAUGUAUAAUAUCUGAGACCUUUUUUAUUUGUUUGAUGAUGAUAAAAAUGAAGAUAUUAAUGUACUUCGGAGUCGCCACCUGGUCCGAUUCAUCAAGUACGUAACAGGUAAAGGAAUUUCUGAUACUUAUAAUUUGCUUCUGAUGAUGUUCUCCUCAGCCUGUACUAAUAAAUCGAUCAAAUACAAGAAGAUCAAAUAACAAUUCAGAGUACAAUUCAAAGUACUUAGUUUGAAUUGUUUGAUCUUCAUCUAUUUGACCGAUUUAUUAGUACCAGACCUUGGCAGCUGUCGGAGGUGGCGUUCUCAAUGGAAAUUCAAGAUUCAGACGCGACCACGGGAUUGUUCAUGGUUCUGGCGUUUCCUCUUCUAAUUUCCAUUCUAUUCUUUGUACCCGCCGUAUUCUGGUGGGAGAGAAGCACAUACAAUCUGGGAAUUGGAUUGCAAAUAUUGCCCGCUAAGGCGAGACGGAAAGGCUGAUCUCACGAUUCCCGCUGUAAUGCAUGAACAAGAGUCGGAAUAUCCCAGCAGCGUAGACUUUGACGAUUUGGACGAGGCCGAGUCGACGGCGCCAAUGCUUGGUCGUUUCUUCAAGGCAGUAUGCGGCACCGCGACGCCCUCGAGGUGGCGUGAGAUAAGGCGCUCAGAUCGAGGUUGUGGGGAUGAAGGCGAAUUGAACGAGCCUUCUCGAGACGUUGCAGGAGAUCGACUCCGCCGGCCUCCGGACCGGGGAGCGGCUGCUGCUAGAGAACAAGCUUCAGUCGGAGGCAGCGGCGAAGGACACGAGGGAUCACGAGGAGGGACGCGUGGCCCUCUUUUGUCACCCACCCAAGGAACUACGCGAGACCCUAUGCCGGCAGAAGUUUUCGACGCUAGUCAAAGUCAAACAGAGACUCGGAGAAGGCGUCCAGACGAACGUACUGGGAAUAAUUACGACGAGGGAAGGGCCGGCACCAGCGCCGGCAGACAUUUCCAUGGUCGAGCAACGGCUUUCAGGAGUUGGCGUGCCUUCAAUUUCAAACUUCCCGAUGUGGCUAUCCUCCGGAAGGCCCGCAAGACAUGGCGCAGCUUGCUGGGACUCUGGCAUGGCAACAUUAUGGUUGUCAGUAAUUCGUCACGUCUGGGCGCUUCAUCCGUCCCUCAAGAACAUGUCAGUCUGAGCCUAGAAGACAUACUCCGGAUCAAGAACAUGCACGUAGUCGACUACCUCCUAUUUCUCUGCAUAAGCUGAGCCAUCUUCUGUAGCUAUCUGAGCCAUCUAAAAAUAGUUAGACUCAUCUGAGCGAUCUACUAUAUGCACUCUGGGGGAUUGAACUAUCUAUCUUCCUCCCCCACUGUAUGUAUGAGGGAUCAAUGAGGUUCGGCGCUAACACAAAAGUAGACGACGACAAGGGGACUCGAUUGAUCGAUCCACAUGGUACAGUGGAGACGAGGACGUUGUGUCGGUUGGCAGAGUCUCGGUUGCUGGAGGACGUUUGUCACGGUGAUACACCUGGCCUGCAAAAUGACCUUCUUUUUCUUAAGAAAAUAGAAAUAACUGAAACUCGGACUCUCUCCUAGGCAAGCUGCCAAAUAGGUUCGAAUCGUCAUGAAUAAGAAUAACUGAAGAUAUUCAGCAAAGCAUAGGAAACUCCAGAGAUUGAGAGACUACUCCUAUGACUUCUACUUUCUUACAACGAAGUAGCCCCCUGGUGUGGUUCCCCCGGGGAGGGAUACGAUGGGAACCAGAGACCCUCGCUAGACCAAACGCAUGCACGGACAGGGACAUGCUUGAACAGGCGCCACAAUUGAGAAAAAGCCUGAGAAGUGUCAGCCCUGGCGGGGCGUCAUCGGGCGCGCUGCCGCGGGGCGGCGGGCCUUAUGAGUGCGCGCCGCUUGCCUCCAGAGGAGACGUGGACGCCCGGCAGGGGUGGACGCGCCUGCGGGCCUAUCUUCAAGCGGAAGGCCCAAGCAAACACAUGCCACGCCUUGGGACUUUUUUCGCCGGGGUCUGAGGCAUUCAGAGGCCGCGCCGGUCUGCGGGGGUUCAGAGGUGUAGGGCGUUGCCCGUGGGGCGCGGCGCUGCAAGCAGGUGACGCGACUGCACGCAAGCAAGCGACGCGGCUGCAUGAGGCCGCCGCCUCGCACCAUCGGGCAGCGCGAGCCACGGGCCUGGGAGGGUGAGAGGAGAGCGCGGCGCCAAAGCGGACGCCAUAUAUUAUAAGUUUCAAAGCCCACGCCCGAACUGCGUGAGCCCAGGGCUGGGGGGAGAGGAGAGCGGGGCGCCGAAGUUGGUAAGUACGUGGCCGCCUCAGCUUUCAAAGUUCACGCCUUAACUUUCAAAGCUCACGCCUUAACUUUCAAAGCCCCCCCACGCCUUAACUUUCAAAGUAGAGCCAUGCCCUAGCUUUCAAAAUUCAUGCCCUAGCGUUCAAAGCUCACGCCUUUCCUUAGCUUUCAAAGCUCUGCAGGCCCUAUCAAAAUUUAAAAAUCCAUGCCCAAACUUUCAAAGUAGUCCAUAUCAUAUCUUAGCUUUCAAAAUUCAUGGCCUAACAAAUUUCCAAAGUUAGUUCAUGGCUUAACUUUCCGAGUUUAUGUCUUAACUUUCAAAGUUCACGCCUUAACUCUCAAAAUUCAGGCCCUAACCUUCAAAGGUCAUGCCCUAACCUUGUCCAGAGUUCACACCUGAACUUUCAAAAUUCAUGCCCUAGUUUUCAAAGUUCACGCCUUUACUUUCGAAAUUCAUGGCCGAGCUUUCAAAGCUCACGCCCUGGCUCUCAGAGUUCAUUUCCUGGCGCUCCGAACUACGACGCAGCCCGCCGCGGGCGGGGGGGUCUGGUGCUUUGCUUGGGGCUGUCUUGGCGCGGCGCGCCGGCUUUCGACUGACUGCCCCUCGUGAUGUCUCUCGCGUUGUUUCUACUGCUGCACCUGCUUGAGCUUCUUCGGUGUUGGUUUUCUUUUACGCUUCCGGCCUCUUUUACGAUGACGGCACCGGCAAACGCACCCGGACCGCGGCGCCCCUUGCUAGGGCGGCCCUCCUGCAUUUGCCUAGCGUGUCGCCGUGCUUCAGGUUCCGCCUGCUGGCUGUCUGUAGGUCUGUGGGUGGCCGUCUGCCUUUCUCUUAGUAAGAUAUAAGAAUAGUUAUGGCCUAACUUUCAAAGUGUAUGGCUUAACUUUCAAAAUUCAUGCCCUAACUAACUUUCAAGAUUGGCCCAUGUCCUAAGUAACUUUCGAAGUUCAUGAGUAUAAUUAGCAAAGCGCUGCGCGUUUUUGCGCUGUUGUCUCCGCGUGAUGUCUUGGCCUUCAAAAUUCGAAAUCAAAACUCAAGAUCAAGACUCAAAAACCAAAGCCCAAAACUCAAAAUCAAUGCCCAAGACCUAGCCUCUGUAUCAAACGUCAAAACUAAAAAAUCAAAAUCAAGGCAAAACUUUACAAGUAAAGAGAUUUUUUAUCAGCGGGAAAGUAACACGAUCAGUUAUGGGUAAACAGCUCAUCUCUACAUUGAAGCUCCAAUCAAAGGUAAGUUUCAUUCUUCACGAAGUGCUGCUGCUGUAAUAACUGCCGGACCUCGUAGUAUUCCCCUUGCUUUAGUCCUCUAUCUCUAAUGACACUGAAAGUAGGGAAAUGCGUCAUGCCUGGAUGAAUUAUCUAUAUCGUCGAAGCACAAUGAGAAACGGACACGCAGCACUAUCCGAACAAGCGCAAUCGCGAGAAAGUCGAGAAAGCAGCUUGGAUGCAUAUUCUAUGCCGCCUGUGCUUGAGCACUUGCAUGUCGUAGCCACGAGGUAUUACGAAGCCGAUCUUGAAGACGACGAGCCUCGCAUGUUAUACCUAAGGCAGUGGCAGUAAAUUCUUAUUCUUGGAAGAACGUGGCUUAAAUUCAUAGACAAGACAUAGUUGGUAGUGCUAGCUUAUACAUUCGACUAAAAUGAUCAAAAAACUCUUCGUUCCUAAGUGGUAUACUAUAAUUAGUCUUAAAUGAAACACGUGGGCUGGAAUUUGCAUCCUUCGGCCGUUUCUCAACAACCGUACGCAAUGCGUUGCCCCCUGGCUCCUUAUAUAUUGUAGAUGCCCAGAAAGCGGGCCCAUCAAGGAGCGCCCGCUGCGCUGGGCGUAGGUUAACAACUAGACAGCUAACUAAGACACAGAAAGACAAACGAAAAGAGUCGCCAAGCCUGCGCGCCAAGGCUGGAAAGGCUGGCAAGCUGACUCCCACUGUGGCGAGGCUAGUGAGCUGGCUACUGCGACGGCUAUGGCUACUGCCUUGGCCACCUUGCUUACGUUACUGGGAAGCCAAUGGACGCCAGGGCCGGCCUCGGCGACCUCAGAAGCGGCGGCCACCUGGCUUGGAGGCCAUCCGUGGCAAGGUAGCUCAGAAGCCAUGACCAGCAAGCUUGGAAGCCAUCCGUGGCGAGUUAGCUCAGAAGCACUGGCCAGCGAGAUUCCUUGGAAGCCAUGGCCUGCCCGCUUGGAAGCAGUGAUGAGCUUGCCCAGAAGUCGUGGCCAGCUAGCCUGGAAGCCAUGGCGAGCCAGCUCAGAGAGAAGCCAAGGCCAGCUAGCUUGGGAGCCAUGGCGAGCUAGCCCAGAAGCCAUGGCCAGCCAGCUUGGAUGCCAUGGCGUUGGCGAGUUAGCUCAGGAGCCAUGGCCAGCCAGCUUGGGAGCCCUGGCCCCCGAAGGCGUGGCCAGCCAGCUUGGGCGCCAUGGUGAGCGAGCUCUGAAGCCUUUCUCAGCUAGCUUAGAAGGAAGCCGUGGCCCGCCAGCUUGGAUGGAAGCCAUGGGUAGCGCUGAAGCCAUGCCCAGCUAGCUCGGGCAGCUAGCUCAGAAGCGUUGGGCGGCUAGCUAUGAAGCUUAGGCCAGCUAAUUCUGAAGCCCUGGCCAGCUAGCUCUGAAGCUUUGGCGGCCAUCUUGCUAGCUUAUACUGCGAAGCCAGGCAAUAAACUUGGACGCCCUGGCUGACUAGCUCAGAAACCGUUCCUGCCAGUUUGCUAGCUCUGAUGAAGCCAGGUAGCUCCGAAGCCAUGGCCAGAUAGCUUAGAAGCUAUGGCCAGCCAGCUUGGAAACCAUGGGGAGGGAGCUCCAAAGCCCUGGCCAUGUGGCUUAGAAGUCAUGGAUGGCUAGCUAGCUCAGAAGCCUCAGCCAGGUCGCUUUGGGUGGGGCUAUGCUUGGCCAGCUAGCACAGAAGCCUUGGGCAGCUCCCUUGCCUAGAGGCCACGGGCUGGCCAGCUGCUUCCGUCAACAUAGCUGUCGCAACUUCUGCGCUAGCCGCUUCCUGACGAGAGUGCUUAUAAAUAAUCGCCAACUCUAUUAAGAGAAGGGUCCUGAAGGGAGCUCCUUAAGGGUGGCACACCUUUUCCUUUAAGGAGCUUUCUUAAGGAGUUCCCUUAUAAGGAGCUUUCUUGAGGGCCCACUCUUAAGGAGAUCGCAGAAUUUGCUUAAUUGUUUAUGUAUUAAUUUAAAAAUCUUAUUUAGUGAGCCCUGAAGAUGUAGCUAGGAUGCUUCAUCUUCAUGCCUUUGAGUUCCGACCCGGCACUUCUCGGAAACUUACCAUUUAUUCAGUAGAAAAAGCGCGGAGAGGAUCAUCAACAAGAGCGAGGCAGCGACGAGAAACAUUCAAAUUGUCGUCGGCCUUUUUUCAAAAUCGCCAUAUUUCUUUGAUCUAAUUCGGGAAGCCAUGCACGAUGUUGCAAGACUCUUUCCGGGGACCUAUGUGGCGCCGUCGCCGGUUAGUGCUGCGGACGCAAGCCGCAGGUCUGCGGGUCUGCAUCUCACGGAGGAAGACGAAGAGAACAACUUGCUCCUUCACUCUUAUGAGGCUACCUCGUCUCCCAUUGAUUUACCUUUUUUCCCUUCCGGUUCCUCUUCACUUCCAAUAUCACUAGGGACAGAUAGAAAUGAUUGGCUACCCUUCAAAGCUGAAGUCUCAGCAUUAUAAGUAAUUUUCAUCGAAGUCAAAAGUCCAGAGCGACAGUUUCUGCAACUUCUAAUGUAAAAACAGCGAACAACAUGUCGUUGGUGACCAGCUAGCUCAACGAAGUCUGGCUAAUUGGUCACUACGCAGGGCCGCAAUGGGAAAACGGCGGCGUCGUUAUGCAAAACCGCCAAAAUGCUGCUGUGUGAGGCUGACGAAAUCGCUUCAUCUGAUGUUGCGGGAUCCGAGAGCAGGUGGAGCGUGUUUUUCAUUUGUCGCCUAUCUGGGCUUUAUGGCCUACUUCAAUCUCCUCGGAGUCGCCCCGGCUGGACGUGAUAACAGCGCGACCGCUGUUAUUGAUCAUGACCAUGCGAACAAGUCUGAGAAUUUCUACGGCGGUUUAAUGCAAGAACACUACAGCAGGGAGGAACUUGUGGCUGACUCUACAACGACAGGUCAAGAAAGAACGGCUGCGGAAGGAGAACGAUUAGCGCUCCUUCUCCAAAUCCAAGAACUCGACGCAACUCUCCAGCUAAGAACUAAGGAAGCUGAGCAAUGGAAGCGAACGGCAGAGGAGGCCCUGCUACACCAAAACUUUUCCUCUGAUACACAUAUUUCUUCGUUCACCGAGUAUGAGCAGAAUGCAGAAGGUGACGCGCAGACGAAGAUGAUGGACACGAAGGAGGCCACGAAAAGCGCAACGCCACAGCAGGGAACAGCACGAUCAGAUGAAAAAGGCUUUUUGCAUGUUCGGAGGGACCCCCCGGGAAGUUGAUGAGCAGUAAUUACUAUGUAUGCAGCUUCGGCACACGACGCAACGGGUCCCGGCAUUGAGCAACUUUCUUCCUUUACGUCUUUAUUUCCGCCAUGUGACGCCAUCUUGUCAUACUAGGAUUUCAGCUCGUGGGACUUGGUGAAGCGGAUCCUGCAGUUGCAUCAGUCGUGCAAAGAAGAGGCCUGCUGUGUUCAUUCAAGCACGUACUUACAGCGGUCGGUGAAGUCAUUGAUUCAAGCACGUAACUUGGAUAAAAUAAAAAUUGUAUAUUGUUUUGUAGGGCAUCGCUCCUGUGUAGUUUCUCGACACUCCUCUUGCGCCUGACGCUUAAGGCUUACAUUUUCUACGAGUUCAUCUUUACAUUUUCAACCCUUAGAUUUUCCAAGAGCAAGUCCAGACUGUUCUUUACAUUUAAUUUUCAACCUCUCCAUAUGAGACAAGAAAGCUCUUACCCCGUAAAAGAAUGGCAUCAGAUGAUUUCGAUUGUCUUCUUCAUCGUCAGCAAUCUCUCUCUCUCUCUGCUUCAUAGAAUGGUUUUGGAUUUUCUAUCUGUAUCUCAAUGUUGUAGGUAAGUAUGUUGAUCCGUACUAUCAUAUCAACAUCUCGUUUUCUUUCGCGUAAAAAAUGUUGGAUUCGAAAGGAAAAAUGAAUGUUACAUCUCGUGGAGCUGAAAAAUGUUCUCACAGAACUGCUUCCAUGCAACAACUACGAACUGCUUACCAUGAUCUGUCGCAAUUCAAU